AUGGCACCUGCUCUGUGCUGGAGUGUACAGAUCACCAGGCCUUGUCGAAGACUUCCAGCAAAAGCCAUCCUGGCAGAGUAUGAGGCCGAGAAGGCAAAGUUCGAGCAACUCUGGGCAGAAAGGAUCCGGCCAGCAAAGGAGGCUCUCAAGAAGGAGUCCGAGGGGGCCGGCAUCUCCCUGAAUUUCGUGAUCGACAAAUUCCCAAAGCUCAUCAAAGUCAAGGCCUUCCCGGCAGAUGAUCCGAAGACUCCGAAGACAUUCAGAAACCUGAAGAAGUCCUUGUUUGAAGCAGGUUCCGGCUAUGGCUUUGACUUGAUAUGCCCGCGAGACCAACAAAAGGGUUGCAGCCUUGUCGACGCCAUGUAUGAAGAAGAUGAAGCCAACCGUGGGUUAGCCACCCACUUUGUCUCAUGGUGCUGGGGCUACACCGUGGAGCAAGUAUGCAGUUCCUUGCAAAGCUGGCGUGCAGGGGCCGGCAAGCCAAAGAAAAAGUCACCGACUUAUCUCUGGAUGUGCUUCUUCUGCAAUAAUCAGUACAGAAUUCACAAGGGCCAGACCAAACCGGAAGAGCUGAAAGAAGCUUUCGAGUCCAACCUCAGGGACAUCGGCAAGAUGCUCCUUGGGAUUUUGUUGCAGAUCACAAGGCUCAUCAUCUUGGACAGCUGCGUGAAACCGAAAUACACGGAGCGCAUGUGGUGCGUCUUCGAGACUUUCGUGUCCGUGCAGCAGAAGAUUCAGCCGGAGUUGAUCUUACCCGAGUCUGCCACGGAGAGCCUGGCCGAAGACAUGAAGAAAGAGAAGGACCCAAGAAAGGUGAUGCAACAAAUGAAGCAGCAUCUCGAUGCCAUCAAAGUAGAGAAUGCAACGGCCAGCGAGAAAGCAGACGAAGAUGCCAUCAAGAAGCUAAUCGAGGACGACAUGGGUUAUAAAGAGGUCAAUACCACCGUGAGGGAGAGGUUGAAAAAACCCAUGGGCGACGUUAUCAAGAAGUAUUUCGAAGCCUUCAUGGAUGACGAUAGUUAG